UGAAGAAGAACCUAAUGGGCUGUCUCUACCAUUUCAAGUCAUUGUGAAAUACAGGACUUUGGCAGGUGCUGAAGUUGUAAGAGUUUGGACUUCAGAACGGAAAAUCACAAAGGACAGGGCACAAGCAGAAGGAGCCAUGAAUGCGAAAACAGUUAUUGAAAACUUUCUGCAGCAGUCUUCCCAACAAAUGCUGGAUGAGAUAUUUGCCAAAAAAAUGUUGGUAGAACAGGCUAAUGCUUUUUCCAAUUCAGGACAGGACCUCUUGAAAGAUUAUGGAGUGACUGCAGUUGUUGAAACUCUGCUCAGAGUGAUGCAGUUGUUGAAACUCAAGAAUAACUGCAGCCUCCAUGUUGGCCAUUUGGUUUAUAAUUUCUUGGAGAAUAUGAAAGAUAGUUAUCGGUUUUCUUGUAAACCAUCCAUUCCUCUCUUACUAGGAGAGAAAGAUAAUUGUAGGUAA